GGCGGGUCGGCACUCAAGAGAGCCACUCCCGCACCUCCACUGCCUUGAUACGUGCAACAAGUGCUUCGUCUCAUGCACCAGCGCGUCCUCUAGCGGGCAACAAGUCCUCGCUGGAAUGAUGGCAAGCCUCACCACCCCACCAGACCAUGUGUCCUCCCUCACCUUAACACAACGGGAAACACCCACUCCUGCGCCCACAUCCACGCCCCCGCCCCCGCCCACCACCACCGACACAACGCUUCAACCCACGCCGCCCACCUUGAAGCCACUAGAGGAAAUUUCUGAAAUGGAAUAUUUUCAGGAUGAUUAUAUUGAAGAGCGUCCAUCCUCGGCUGACUCGUCACAUCCGCACCCUCAUUUGGGCCAUCAGUUCCCGGAGGUGAUCGUGUCGGCUGGAGUUCCAGUGUACCAGGAACCGCGGGCGCCCUAUGGUCCGCCGCCCCGCGGAGUGGGUGGCAACUUCCACAAAGUGCCCUCCCCACCAACAGUGUCCGUGGGCACGGUGACAGUGAGAGUGGAGGAAAUCUGCCUGGUGCUGGUCGUGCUCAUGAUCUGGGCCGGAGCCAUCACGCUCUUCAUCAACAGAUGGGGAAAACUACGAAUGUUGGAGCCAUACCAGCCGGCAUACACAGCUCCUGUAGUGCCUCCGCGCCCCCCGCCUCCACCCCUGGGUCCUUGCAUCAACAUCCAGAGCACUUCAGACCUCACACUUGCUGAUGGCGGCGCGGGGGGCAGGUAUGACUGGGGCGCCCCUGAGAGCUACGGACGGGGAUCGCUAGCUAGCGGAUACCUAGGCAUGGACAGGUCACCCUCCUGCCUCAGUGUGCGGACUCUCAACCCUCAGAGGAAGGUGAAGAGUGCUGUCGAUCUUGUCUCAUUGGUCAUGCAGGAAAAGAUGUCUUCAAGUAUGCACCUUUCAGCUACCAACGUUUAAGUGCAUGACUAUCCUCAGCGCUUUCCUUCCAACGUUCUGACACGAGAAUGACGGAGACGUUCAGAUGGACGAUUACCUCAGACGUUCAUAUACAUGUAUAUGACCAACGUUUAAUUACAUUAUUUAUUUCAGACGAUUACGCAUGUUGAAGAUACUUAGCGUCUGGAUACAAACUUAUCUGAAGCGUUCAGUGCUUGAGAUGAUGCAAACACAGUCACUGCGUGACGUUCAAAAAAUCACUCUCCCUACCAUCCCUCACGGUUAACACACUUGGCUGACAGUGUCUUUAGAUUAUUAAUUCGUAUCGUUUUUACUUACAGCUCGUUCAGGCGCUCACAAGAUGCCAUAGUUGACCAGGCAUCUCCUGGGACUAGCUCAGAUAGGGUGGAAUGCCGCUCGUCAACACUGAUUCAAAACACAUUUUACGACUUUAAAAAUGUCUUUUUUCUUUGAUGACAACAGAAAUAAUAUCAAGAUGUGUAAUCAAAACAAGCUGAAUAAUAAUAAUAAUAAUACUAAUAAUAAUAAUAAUAAUAAUAAUAAUAAUAAUAAUAAUAAUAAUAAUAAUAAUAAUAAUAAUAAUAAUAAAAUAAUGCUCGUAUUUGCAUGGAAAUAACUACAUGUUGGUCCACUUGUUUGUGUGAAUUCAGCAGGUCUGGAAUGAACGUUUCAUUCCAGUGAACAAUGAGUGGGACCUUCUCAGCUUCAGCCUUCAGUGCUGUUUCCAAAUUUCUGCGGUGAUGCUCUUAGUGUCAUUUUCAACUACUGACAGUUCUCAAAUUACUUUUUAGAUUUAUGUAACUAAAGCGUUAUUUUAUGAGGAUCAUGCAGUUUAAUACUGAUAAAAUUGAAUAUACAAAUAAUAUGAUCACAUUCCUAGUCGUCAUUCAAGCAGUGUCAUUUACAAAGCUUCCAGGAAGGGGCCUCGGGUAUAACAAUGUCAGGGUUUCGAAACCUUGAAGCGUAAGACUCUGUAGAGGGUAAAUAUUUUAUACUGAGAUCGAUGUUAUAUACCCAGGAAGUUUUUGAUAUUUACCAACGAGUGUAGUAAUAUUAAUUUGAAGUGUUCCGUGAUUUGUUUGCAGAGCAGAAAUAGAGUGGAAAAGGAAUGAGAAAUAGCUGGACAAUAUCAGGAUUGAUUUAUAUUACGUGUGAUAUUAAUAACAUAUUGAACAUCGCUGAUGACGUUGACAAUUAAAAUGAGUGACGUGGAAAGAAAAUGAUGUGUAAAGAAAAUGUGGUGAUGUCGUAAGUAGAGAGCGAAAUGAAGAGAAUCAAACGCAGAGAUAAAAUGGAAGAAAAACAUUAAGGAAAAGAAAAGGAAAGAUAAAGCAAAAGCAAAAGGAGAGACGACAAGGAAAAUGUAAGUGGAUAUGAUUUGAUUUAAAUUUUUGAGGAAAAAAAUAUUAACUCGAGAAGUAUCAGCGCGACCGCAAAGAUCACGUGAGAGCAGCCUAUACAGUGUAAAGUUUUGUGAAACAUCAGAUAGUAACGUUGUUAUUUAGCGUUAUUUUAGUGCUCUUCGUAACCAGCUGGAAAACAAUGAGAUAACUUAUCUAACCUAUGUAAAAAAAGAGAAACAAGAACAGGGACAUUCAUUGCACAUGGAAAGAGAAUCAUUAAAGGUUUUAAUAAAGAUAGAAAUAUCUGAAAAAUAUAGAAUACAUUCUUUUAAUUUUUACUACUUUGCUGAGAAUGCAAAAUAUUUUUUUAAGUGUGUUCGAAAAAGUAAAGAUUUUUAUGGUCAUUUGUAUAUAUUUAUAGUACAGGUUAUAAGCCAUCUGAAAUACGAUCUGACACACACACA